GGGCUGGGCUGACCCCUCCCCAGAGAGGGGCGGGACCCCAGGAGAAGCAAGGGCUCAGGGCUGCUGGAGAGGAGCAGACACUGGAGAGGCGCUAUGGCGGGAACCGGCCUCGGAGCCCGCUUCUAUCGGCAGAUCAAGAGACAUCCCGGGCUCAUCCCGAUGAUCGGCUUCAUUGGCCUGGGCAUGGGCAGCGCUGCGCUCUACUUGCUGCGACUCGCCUUGCGCAGCCCCGACGUCUGCUGGGACCGAAAGAACAACCCGGAGCCCUGGAACCGCCUCAGCCCCAAUGACCAAUACAAGUUCCUUGCAGUUUCCACUGACUACAAGAAACUGAAGAAAGACAGGCCAGACUUCUAAGCUGGCUGCAGUGCCAGUCGACGUGAACCACCAGCAGCCAGCCUACUCAUUUCUUCCACUCUCCACCCUCAACCCCAAGGCGCCACACUAGCCACCCUGUCCAGUUUCUGCUUACACAGCCGGGUUCCCACGAGGAGGGGAGGCAGCCCCACCCCCCUUCCCUUGCUCCCAGCAGCGGAAGCGCCUCUGACCCUCAGCUUCAGUCCCACGAGGGGGAGGAGCAGUUAAAGGGCAGGGAGUAGCCUAACCCAAAAGGCUCAUGCCAGCCCCUCUGCCCCGUUACCCUGGCUUCGGAGGGCGGGGUGCAUGCUACAUGUUGAGCGUGGCCUACGUGAGAGACAAGACCAAGCAGGGGCCUGAGUGCCAAAUGACGUGGCGGGCCCCACGUUAGCCCAGGCUACAGGCUUCCUGGCGCCAGACUGGGGGCGGUGCUACUCUGGCCCUGGGCUCAACCAGGCUCGUUGCUGACAGUACAGCCAGCUUGAGGCACCCACACUCAGGAAGGUGUGGCUUGUUCCUCCAGUGCCUGCGCUGCUUCCGCUUCCCUCCGCUUCCGGUACCACUGGGCACCCCCUCCCGCCUCACACCUGGGCCUCCCCAACCCCUCCCCUACUUCCCUCGGUCCCCAGGGAUCAAACAGAAGCAGCCGUGGGCAAAAUACAAUUUCAUUUAACAAAUUGAA